AUCAUCUUGCUCAUUCCCGUAUCGAAUCGCAUAGGAUGUAAACUGCUGGGUGUAUCACCAGAUCUCGAAAAUCUGGUAGCCGCUUUGUUUCGCUCAGCCUCCCCCAACCGUCCGUGCCACGCCCUUCGUUUCAGCUGCAAGGUCCGCGACGCGUCGUGGCUACAUGAUCAGCACUAUGUCGGCACAACCGAGACUUCUCCUGCACAUCUCUUUCACUCCACAGCGUCUUCGGUCUGCUUCUCUUCUAAGUCAUUUAAUACUUGUACCACCCUUUGCAUAAUCUGGCAUAAUCUGGCCUAGCCUAUACACGAUCGUCGGGAAAUCUAGAUCGGCUCCAGAUCGAUAUAUCCGAAUUACGACCGCUGAACGACAUCAGCAAACAUGUUCAGUUCUCUGGGGACAAAGAUAGCUCUCCGAAAAGCCGGACUGGGCGGUGUAUCGCUACCAAAAACCGAUGGCUUGUUUGGGAAUGGCAACACGAAGAAGGGAAACACAAAUGGCGCCGAGGGAGGAGACACGGGUUUCGCCAACCCAUUCGCAAAUGUACAGUGGGGAGUACCAAAAGCCCUACAGUCCUGGACGACGCCUCCACCACCGCAGAACCCAGUGCGCAAGCCACCAAACAUAGGAGACCGGGCACAAAGCCAUCCAAAGUUACAAUUCCCUACAGCCGACGGACGGCCGACUAUACUGCUGUUCCUGAGGUUUUGCGGAUGCCCUUUCUCAGAGAAACUCUUCCUCACGCUGCGAACCCUUGCAAACAAGCACACUUCCAUCCACUUCGUCGCAAUAUCGCACUGCACACCUGCUGCAACUACAGAAUGGGUCAAAAAACUCGGAGGGGCCUGGAAUGUAGACGUAGUAGUAGACCAAGACCGGGAACUAUACGCGCUGUGGGGUCUGGGCAUAGCUACUUGGGGCCAUGUCCUGCAUCCCAGGAAUGGCUAUAACCAGGUCAUGCUCAGGAAGAAUGAGGGGGUUUGGGGACAACUGGUUGGAGAAGGCGCAUGUAGAUGGCAGGUUGGAGGCUCAUAUUCGGUGGAUGGGAGGGGUGUGGUGACAUGGGGUGGACCGAUGCAAUCAGCAGACGAGGCGAUACCAUUCGAACACGGCGUAAUGUCACUUGGAUAUGGAGAGACGAGGAUAUAACGUCAAAGCAUACAACGCAGCUGCGGAUUUCUACGGUUGGCACCCAGGCUCUCUGA